UCUAACCAAUGCCUCUUCACAGGGAAACCAAAGAGCUUCUCCAGUUUCAAACUUACGCUUAAAUAUAAAAGAUCCAACUUACAAACCAAUAAAUCAACGCUUGAAACAACCAACAAAUACAAUGUCGGAACAUCGUCAGCGAACUGAACGUCACGUGCAAAUCUCGCCUUACGAACGAAGCUGGGACACUUUCUAUGAUAUGCCCACAUCUAGUUUAUUCGACCAGGACUUCGGUUCGGCUCCAAUGUCAGCCGACUUUGAUCUCGCUCGGCAACGAUUCUUCCGUGAUCCAUGGACCGUUAGAGGGCGCCCUAUAACAGCGGGAGUUCCCCUUGUACCCCGAGCCCCCAUGGUGACGCGACAAUUAAGCGGGGGGAUGUCCCAGGUAACCACGGACGAAAACAAGUUCAAAGUAACUUUGGACGUGAAACAUUUCACACCGGAGGAAAUCACGGUUAAAACUGUGGAUGGUUCGAUUGAAGUUCACGGGAAGCAUCACGAAAAGGAGGACGAUCACGGGGUUGUAUCACGAGAUUUCACGAGAAAAUAUACGAUUCCUCCAAAUGUCGACCCAUUGACUGUGACGUCAUCAUUGUCACCCGAUGGAAUUCUAACAGUGGAAGCACCGAUCCGCGCGAUUCAAGCUCCUACGUCACUUCCCGUGCAACAUUUGGAACCGGAAGCCACCAAAUAAUCGACCAUUGUUACGAUGACGUGAACUUUGUGACGAAACAAUCGCGGUGUUUAGCUACGUCAAAAUCCCAUUAUUGUGAACGAACAAUAAAAAUUUCAGGCAAAACAUGGUUUCUAUGACGUCACACACAAGUCGAUUGUUUAAGCUUCCAGAUUUGGAUUUAUUUUCGUAAUUAUGACGUCACACAAUGAACAACAGCGGCAUCGCGUGGCCGAUAAUUCAAACAAUGCUUAGUCAUAGGCAGCCGUGAUUGUUACG